AUGGUGGUCGGUCAGGCGUGUUGGUCGCUCUGUAGGCUAAGCAGCUUUUUAUUUCUUUUAGUGUUGUUUAGCCGAUUUAAACAGCAAUCCAUGGAAGCUACAUCAACACUGCUCUAUGUGGUGACUAGACUGUCCGCAACUCCUUUGGUAGGGGGUGGAAGAACACUUCGUUCUAUGUUUGUUCGCCCAUCCCAACAACAGCCAUGUUCUAUUCCAAAGAUACUCAAGCUUUGCAAGCAGUCUGGUGUUGCUCUUUGCUUAAUCUACUUCGCUGGCGACCUUGAACUUAAUCCUGGGCCUGCAGCGAGAAAUGUCUGUGUAGAAAGAUUAUCAAGAAAAACCAAUCUUUUGCAGACUGCUCGGUUUGUUUAA